AUGGUGCAGCAUUUUGAAUUUACUGGAGCUGUGGAGGUGAUGAAGAAUGUUUUAACGAAGAUAAGUCGAAAUGAUCUGGUGACGAGGUUGCCAACCGUCAUCUCAGGAGCAGAAGGUCCUGAUCUGAGAAUUGUGAUGAUUGGAAAAACUGGUGUGGGCAAGAGUUCUACUGGAAACACCAUCCUGGGAGAGAAGCUCUUCAGAUCCCGCCCUGCCGCUCAGUCAGUGACUAAGACCUGCGAAAAACAUGUGAUGAGCUGGGGCAAUAGAACAAUUACUGUGGUAGACACACCAGGGAUUAUGGACACUGUGAAAUCUGAAGAAUUAAUCAAAAAAGAAAUUAUGAGAUGUAUCACAGUCUCGAGUCCUGGUCCUCAUGUGUUCCUGCUGGUCGUCCAAAUUGGUCGAUUCACCUUUGAAAGUAUGCAGGCAGUGGAAGCCCUUCAAGAGCCGUUUGGUCCAAAAGUAAACCAGUACAUGAUCGUACUGUUUACCCGUGGCGGCGAUCUCGAAGACUAUACCAUACAAAAGUUUGUACGUAUGGCUCCCCCAAUCCUCCGACAAAUCAUCCAGAGCUGUGGAAACAGGUUCCACGUUUUUGAAAACACCAAUAGAAGAGACAGAAAGCAAGUGGAGGAGCUGAUCAAGAUGAUCGACAACAUGGUUGCUGGAAAUGGGGGGGCACACUACACAGAUGAAAUAUAUGAAGAAGCUCCAAAGACAACAACAGUGAUCCGUGAACAGUUACCAGAGACUGACACAUCCAAACCAGCAAUUCCACACAGAUCGUCUCCUGUACUUUACUCCACUGGAUCUGAGGACCAUGUAUCUGAGUAA